AUGCCCGACCGCUGGCCCUCGGAGAUCAAGGACGCGGGUCCUUUGGCCCAGCCCCUGAAGUUUGAGUUCAGCGGCAAGACCGCCCCUAAUCGCUUUUUGAAGGCUGCCAUGACGGAGCGCCUAUCGUCCUGGGACCCAGAGAACAAGGAGAAACGAGGUGUCCCUUCGGAGCAGCUUAUCCGGGUAUAUCAGAGAUGGGGCGAAGGCGGAUUUGGUGUGAUUCUAACAGGAAAUACCAUGAUCGACUACACCAAUCUGGAAGCACCCGGCAAUCCAAUUAUCCCGGGCGAUGCCCCUUUCGAGGGAGAGCGCUUUGAAGCGUUCAAAGAAUUGGCGAAACAGUCCAAAGCGCAUGGAAGUCUCGUUGUCGGCCAAGUCUCCCAUGCCGGACGGCAGGUUGCUCAGGGACUCCAGCCAGACCCGGUCUCUGCCAGUGACGUGCAACUGGAGGGCGACGUAAUGGGAAUGCGGUUUGCCAAACCUCAUGCCGCUUCUCACGAGGAGAUCCAAGACAUUAUUGCCCGAUUCACCCACGCCGCCAAGUACCUGCACAAGGCUGGAUACGAUGGCAUCCAGCUCCACGGGGCCCACGGCUAUCUGCUAGCACAGUUCCUCUCCCAGACCACCAACAAGCGAACCGACCAGUACGGUGGCUCGCUACAGAACCGUGCCCGACUCAUUCUGGAGAUUGCACAAUCCAUUCGCCAACAGCUCCCUUCUUCGUCAGGCUUCAUUCUCGGUAUCAAGAUCAACUCGGUCGAGUUCCAAGAGGGCGGAUUCACGGCGGACGAGGCCAAGGAGCUCUGCCACAUGCUGGAAGAGAACGAGUUCGACUUCGUCGAGCUUUCCGGCGGCACUUACCAGUCGCUGGCAUUCGCGCACAAGCGAGAAUCGACGAAGAAACGGGAAGCCUUCUUCAUCGAGUUUGCCGACCAGAUUGUCGGCGAUCUGCAGAAGACCAAGACUUACGUCACCGGCGGCUUCCUGACGCUCGACGGUAUGGUCAACGCUUUGAAGACUGUUGACGGUGUCGGGCUUGCUCGGCCCGUAUGCCAGGAAUUCCACCUCACCAAAGAUCUGCUGGAAGGCAAGAUCUCGGGGGCCAUCGAACAAAAGGUCGAUCGCGACGACUUUGGUUUGACGAACGUCAUUGCCGGCAGCCAGAUCCGGCAAGUCGGCAAAGACCAGGAACCGAUUGAUAUGUCCAAGCAGGAGAACGUUGACGCCUUCAUGACGGAUAUGGGGACAUGGGGUGAGAAGAUGAAGUCCCAAGGUGCCAGCGCUUACGGGUAUGUUGACAUUGAAAGUGCAAAGACGUCGCAGUAUGGAGCACCAGCAGCUUAG